UGGAGGUUGACCGCUCACCUCCAAACUUCCACACAGACAGCCAUGUAUUUUCAGUGAAGCCAGACAGAGCAGGCCGAUUGCUUACGAGGAAUCAACAUACAUACUUCAUGUCAGGCCACAGUCAACGAGGAAGUUGGCCUUUAAGAAGCAGCAGCGGCAGCAGCAAUGACAGUGACCUACUCUCGCAGGGUGGCGGACGCAGGCCUGGGGACUUUCUUCCACCUGCUUCUACGCUGGAAGGGCAGCAUCUACAAACUCCUCUACAGGGAGCUCAUCAUCUUCACCCUCCUCUACUACUUCUUCAGUGUUGUUUAUAGGUUUGUCUUAAAUGUUGAGCAGAAGAGGCUGUUUGAGAAGUUGUCCAUAUACUGUGACCGCUAUGCAGAGCUCAUACCUGUCUCCUUUGUUCUUGGUUUCUACGUGACCUUGGUGGUAUCCCGUUGGUGGGGUCAGUUCGAGAACGUCCCCUGGCCUGACCGACUGGCAGCAUUAGUUGGAGGUCACGUCCGCGGAGCAGACGAGGCCUCUCGGCUGACCAGGCGCACUCUGAUGCGUUACGCCAACUUGUCCGGUGUGCUCAUCUACCGCUCCGUCAGCACUGCCGUCUACAAGAGGUUCCCCACGAUGGAGCAUCUGGUGCAGGCAGGUUUGAUGACAUCAGAGGAACUGAGGCAUCUCGAAGACUUGCCCUCCCCUCAUAAUAAGUUUUGGAUUCCCUGCAUGUGGUUCGUCAGUCUGGCUCUGAGGGCCCGGACCGAGGGUCGUAUCAACAACGACGUGGCUCUGACAGCCAUUCUCACUGAGUUGAACAGUUUAAGGGCAAAGUGCAUGAAGCUGUAUGGAUAUGACUGGAUCAGCCUGCCUCUGGUCUAUACCCAGGUGGUAACAGUGGCGGUCUACAGCUUCUUCCUGGCUUGUUUGAUUGGUCGUCAGUUCUUGGAUCCAGCCCAAGGGUACCCAGGUCACGACCUAGACUUCUACUUGCCCGUCUUCACGUUGUUGCAGUUUUUCUUCUACGUUGGUUGGCUGAAGGUGGCUGAGCAACUCAUAAAUCCUUUUGGCGAGGAUGACGACGACUUUGAGACCAACUGGCUUGUCGAUCGUAACUUACAGGUGUCUCUGCUGUCUGUAGACGAGAUGUACGACAGCCUGCCUCUGGUUGAGAAAGACAUGUACUGGAAUGAGUCCGAGCCUCGACCCCCUUACACUGCUGCCAGCGCUGACCACUGCAAACCUUCCUUCAUGGGUUCUGCACUGGAUAUCAGUGUUCCUAAGGAGGAGAUGGAGUUUCAGUCCAAUUUGGAGCAGAUUAAAGAAAAUGAGGAAGCCAACUACUCCACCCCGCUGCUUGGAGGCCUGGGUCGCCUUCUUGGUGUUCAGUCGCCCAACUUCCCUCGCUCUUCUCGGGUUUCUCUGCUGCGCCGCCGCCCUGGAGCGCCACUAAAUCGCUUCCCCCUUUACUUACACCCAGAGGCUCCAUCAAUCCACAACCAAGCACGCCAGCCCUUGAACUCAGAGCAAGAACGGGACUACAGCUUCUCCGGGCUGCCUCUAUAUGAGAGGCCGGGUUUCUACAGUUGCCCCCAGACGCCCAUUCACUGCAUUCCCCCAGCCGUGCCACGACCAAGACCUGCUCGGCGACCUCAGAACGAGUGGGACCGCAGCUGCACCUCCCUGGCUCCUCCUAUGGUGGGCUCACAGCUGUUGCCUGACACCCCCAACCACAUCCCGCCGCCACCAUCCUCUGCUUUCCCCUGGCUGAGUGAGGAUGGCGAGACACCGACCACCCCGGCCUUCUCAUUCCCCGACCCGCAGCCUGAGCUUUGCCCGAUAUCAAAACUCAGACGUGGGCACGGCCUGCUGUCACGCCGGCCUCCACCACCGUGCCUGACGCUGGACGCCUUGCCGUCCGCUGACAGCCAACCUGGGCCUCUAAGUGCUCGGACGAUGGGAAGCGGGGGAGAAAGGGUGUUCUCCUUCACCCCUCCGUCUCGUCCCGGGCCAGCAAAUCCAAGUAAUCACAACAGCUCCAGUAGCAUUAACGUGACAAGCGGCAACAGCGCUGGCACAGCGGUAGGUCUUUGUAACGGCACAAGUCUGAGUAGCUUUAGCAACCACUGCAACUUCACUGCCAACGCAAAGGCAAGCAAUGGCGGGCUGAAUAACCUGACCGCUUCCAAUUCAGCGCCUUCUCAACAAGAAGCCAAUCAACCAAAUUCCCCCAAUGAUUCUGGAAUCUCAUUGGCUGAAGGAGACCUGCUGGGCGUGCUGGUGGAGGGUAGCGGGAACAAGGCGUGUACAGGAAGGAAACAAGACUGAGAAAAAGCUGUUUGCAUCACACAUGUAGGAAUUAAUCUCCACUUCCUAGUGAGCACUUACAGAACAAUUAACCCACUUUUAAGGCCCAAAACACCUUUAAGGAUUUCAGUGUCAACAUAUGGGGAAGAAACAAACAUAUGGAACUUACAUGGGAAUUAUCUGAACUACCGUCCUUAAAAUUGUUGCUCACGUAAUAAAACAGUAUUUUGUUUUUCAAUAAAAACAUUAAAAACCUGAAUUAGAUUUUAUUGCAGCUUUAUUUUUUUUUUAUACAAUCACACAUUAUGUCCACUGUGCUUUGGUAUACAGUGCUCAUUUAGAGAAAACAAUCUUAUUGUACAUCGCCCACCCGACAGUAGCUGUAGCAUUAUUUACUUUAAAAAGUGUACUAUGAGGUUUACAAUACACAUUAGAAUCCUAGCUAAAAGGAUUCCAGUGAUUUUAAUUUCUAUUGUCUUGUAAAUCAGUUCCAUAUAUUUGUUUUGGCUAACUUAACACAAAAAUAUUAGACCCACUAAUGAGUAUUUGUUAUAAAAUACAUGUAUCCUGAUGACUACUACAUACAGGUCAAACAAUAAUUAUGUUUAUGGUGACUAUGUGUGUGGGCGUGUGGUGGGUGUCAUAAUUAAAUUUGACUUUAGAUUGUGCAAAACUGUAACAAGAUGUUUGCAUUAUAUGGUAGAUUACAGUAUCUGCUGCCAUCUAGUGGCUUUCUCUCUCAAUGUGCGCAAUGAUUUCUGACAGAGAAAAGUCAGCAGGACGAUAAUAGCAUUUUCUCACUGUAAUUUACCAGACAGUGACACUAGGAUGGAUGCAAACGCUCAUUUUGAUCAAUUCAGAAUGUGCUUCAAUCCUUUGUGAAACAAGGCAACAUUAGAAAAUUCUGAAUCAGAAACGGCACACGAGUACAAAAAAAAUAUGGCUUUUGUGCUCUGCAAAUAACAGACGUUCCGAAUAAGGCGCGGCAAAGGGCAUGUAGAGGUG